AUGAGAGCCACCCGUCUCCUAAUGGCCGCCCAGUCCACAAUGGGCUCGAAAUCCAGUCUCAGCCAAGCGCUCGCCCUCCUCCCUCCCCUGCAUCUCUACCGCCGCAUCCUCCGCGUUCAUCGGAGAAAGCUCGAUCCUGAGAUGCGGUUACUGGGCGAUCAGUACGUCAAGAGCGAGUUCCGCGCACACAAGACCGCGGAGAAUCCGUUGCAUAUUAUCGGUUUCCUGACGGAAUGGCAACUAUACGCACAGAAGCUGGAGGGGGAUACAUGGGUGGGAGACAAGUUGGAUCAGGCCAAGUUGGACAAGAUGAGUGAUCAACAAAUCGGUCAACUCUACGAGCUUAUGAAAGUCAUACAAAAUAAGGACAGCGGGGAAGGACACGAGUAA